AAGGCUUGUCUCCUUCAGCUCCAUAAGCCAUGGGGGCUUGCCAGUCGCAUGCCCCUAGCCCGGGCAACUCUCGGAGCAAGAGCGGCCGGCUGGUGGGAAGGGAGCUGUCCGCCUUCGAGCGGUUGAGCUGGAAGGCGACGCCCUACGUGACAAUUGCACAUUGGUUCCAAGUGCUGGGUCCGGCAUCACCGGAUGACUUUGCAGCAGCCCUGAUGGAUGUGCACUUGCACUUUGCUGCUUUGCAGGCCAUUAUUGAGAACAAGCGCUUGUUUCUUCGACCAGAUCUGAAGCCCGAGAUCGAGUUCGAUCUCGAAAGAGAUGUGUCACCGCAUGCUUUAGCACAGUUGGGAGCAGAAGAAGCCUCCAGAGGAAUUGCGCCUACCUGGCAGGCUUGCGAAGGUAAGCUACUCUGGCGUGCACGCAUCAUGAAGGAGGGCUGGCUCAUGCUGACUUUUCAUCAUGCCAUCGUGGACGAGAAGAGCAUUUGCAUGCUAAUGAAGGAGCUGGUGUCCAUCCUGUCUGGGCGAGAGCGGUCCUCCCCCAGGCGCGCCCUGGAUCCAAAGCUCACCCAGCUGCUGGAUGAGGUGCCCUCCGGAAAGCUCUCCCAGAUCAUGGAGCAGCGCAAGGGCGGGCGCCUGCCUGGCAAGGCCAUUGGGCGCCUGGCGGAUGUGGUGCCCAUGGGUUCCAAAUGCAACGUGGAGCGCCGCCAGGGCAAGGAGUGGCCCAAGCCGGACGGCCUGGCGCCGUGGCAGCUCCGCAAGACCAAGACGAAGGUCCGGCGCCUGCCCAUCGCCCGGCAGCUGCGGCAGCUCUGCCGGGCCCGGGGUCUCACGGUGAACACCGCGCUGCUGGCCGGCAUGGCCCUGGCCCUGCGCAAGCAGAUGAAGAGCAAGGGCAAGGUGGGUAUGCGUCCCAUCCUUGCCACGGAUGCGCGGAACCACAUCCCCGACGGCCAAGACUUGUUUGGCUCCUACUCGCUUGGGGCACGGUUCCGCAGCGGCUGGGGCUACUUGGAUGUGGCGGAGGAUACGGAGUUCUGGGACCUGGCUAGCUGUGCCAAGCUGGCCGUGGAGGAUGCUGGAAAGAAGCUUGAGAUGCACAACAUCUCCUGGUACAUGAGGUUUCUCACUGCAGCCAUGGGGAAGAAGGACGUCGCGUGGCUGCAAGGGGCCAUGGAUUUGGAUGGGCCGGACCAAGGACGAACCAACGCCUUGUUGCUCAGCAACGCCGGAGUGUUGUCCGGCCUGGAGUCUGAACGUUUCAAGGUGGGUCAAAAUUAGACCAUGGGACCACAGGCCCAAUCCAUGUUUCCAUUUGCCAGGGUUCCCAUUUUGGGUACAUAUGUUUGACCCGCUGCCAGGUGACGCAGUCCUUCUUCGCAUCCCACCAAGCUGCGUGGGGUCCGUUUGUGUGGCUCAACGUCAUGACCAUCGAUGAUGACAUGUGCCUGAGCCUUUGCUACGUGGAUCCGUUGCUGGCAGAUGAGAAGGCCGCAACGCUAUUGGCUGACGUGGAGUUCCACUUGACCAGGGCAUGUGCCCCCUUGGAUAGGUCACCAGUUCUGCUGACGCCAAAGGAUGAGAGUGACGAGUGCGUCAAGGUUACCUUGUAGCAUUUGUUUUUUUCAUAAGGGCAAACACUUGUCAUGUUUGCGUAGUGGUAGCUGCGGCCACUGCUGGCAUCAAUCGGGGCAGGCAC